CGCUUGUUUGGCUGCUGCCGUCACCUCAUGGCGACGCGAGUAGAGGAGGCAGCGCGGGGAAGAGGCGGCGGCGCCGAGGAGGCUAUUGAAACCGGACGGGGCGGACGGCGACGCAGCCCGCGGCAGAAGUUUGUGAUUGGCACAAUGGAAGAAGCUGGAAUGUGUGGGUUAGGGGUGAAAGCAGACAUGUUGCGCAACUCUCAAUCAAAUGAUAUUCUUCAACAUCAAGACUCAAAUUGUGGUGGUACGAGUAACAAGCAUUCAUUGGAAGAGGAUGAAGGCAGUGAUUUUAUUACAAGGAACAGGAGUUUGAUGAGCCCAGCAUACUGUACACAAGAAUCGAGGGAGGAAAUUCCUGGGCGAGAGGCUCGAACAGAUCCCCCUGACGGUCAGCAAGAUUCAGAAUGCAACAGAAACAAAGAGAAAACAUUAGGAAAAGAAGUUUUAUUAUUGAUGCAAGCCCUAAACACCCUUUCAACUCCAGAAGAGAAACUGGCAGCUCUCUGUAAGAAAUAUGCUGAUCUUCUGGAGGAAAGCAGGAAUGUUCAGAAGCAAAUGAAGAUUUUGCAGAAGAAACAAGCCCAGAUCGUGAAAGAGAAAGUUCAUUUGCAGAGUGAGCACAGCAAGGCUAUCUUGGCAAGAAGCAAACUAGAGUCUCUUUGCCGGGAACUUCAGCGUCACAAUAAGACAUUAAAGGAAGAAAACAUGCAGCAGGCACGAGAGGAGGAAGAAAGACGUAAGGAAGCCACCGCACACUUCCAAAUUACUUUAAAUGAAAUCCAAGCACAGCUCGAACAACAUGACAUACACAACGCCAAGCUCCGCCAGGAAAACAUCGAACUGGGAGAGAAGCUUAAGAAGCUCAUUGAACAGUACGCGCUGAGAGAGGAGCAUAUUGAUAAAGUGUUCAAACAUAAGGAGUUACAGCAGCAGCUUGUGGAUGCCAAGCUUCAGCAGACGACACAGCUAAUAAAAGAAGCUGAUGAAAAACAUCAAAGAGAGAGAGAGUUUUUAUUAAAAGAAGCAACAGAAUCAAGGCACAAAUAUGAACAAAUGAAACAGCAAGAAGUACAACUAAAACAGCAGCUUUCUCUUUAUAUGGAUAAGUUUGAAGAAUUCCAGACUACCAUGGCAAAAAGCAAUGAACUGUUUACAACCUUCCGGCAGGAGAUGGAAAAGAUGACAAAGAAAAUUAAAAAACUGGAAAAAGAAACAAUAAUAUGGCGUACCAAAUGGGAAAACAACAACAAAGCGCUUCUGCAAAUGGCUGAAGAGAAAACUGUCCGUGAUAAAGAGUACAAGGCCUUUCAGAUAAAACUGGACCGGUUAGAGAAGCUGUGCAGGGCUCUUCAAACGGAACGGAACGAGCUCAACGAGAAGGUGGAAGUCUUGAAGGAGCAGGUCUCGGGGAGGGCUGCAGGUGCGGACCUAGCACUGCCUGGGACGCAGCCCUGCGCUGCCCCGGUGUCCCCCAAGGAGCCGAACACUGCUUCCGAAAGCGCCCCGCGAGUCUCCCCGGAGGCCGCGCCCAAGGCAGCGAAGGAGAGAACGGCCGUGUCCGCCGGGCCAGGUAGAAAGUUCCUUUUCACAGACGGGAUAUGUGCCUGGUUCAUCUCACUAUAAACCAGCAACCAGAC